AUGCUGAAAACUGCUGCAGCACAAGUGGGCACUUCAGUGUCUCCUGGUGCCAACACACCUACUCGUCCUAUUAUCACUGUGCAUAAAUCUGGAACGGUCACAGUUGCCCAACAAGCCCAGGUUGUAACCACAGUAGUUGGAGGCGUCACAAAGACCAUCACACUUGUGAAAAGUCCAAUUUCUGUCCCUGGUGGAGGCACUUUGAUUUCAAAUAUUGGUAAAAUGGUGUCUGUUGUACAGACUAAGCCAGUGCAGACAUCGGCCAUAACAGGACAGGCUUCUACGGGGCCCCUAACACAGAUCCUACAGACCAAGGGGCCUCUUCCUGCUGGAACAAUACUAAAGUUGGUGACUUCAGCAGACGGAAAACCCACAACUAUAAUCACCACAACACAGGCUGGAGGCACCGGAACCAAGCCUACCAUUCUGGGUAUCAGCAGUGUGUCUCCAAAUACCACAAAGCCAGGGACCACCACCAUUAUCAAAACGAUCCCUAUGUCUGCCAUCAUCACUCAGGCAGGGGCUACAGGUGUUACAAGUACAGCAGGGAUUAAGUCACCGAUUACUAUCCUCACAACUAAAAUGGUAACUUCAGGCACAGGAACACCAGCCAAAAUAAUAACUGCAGUUCCCAAGCUCACAACAAGCCAUGGACAGCAGGGUUUAACCCAGGUGGUGUUAAAGGGUGCACCUGGCCAGCCUGGUACAAUUCUCCGAACUGUCCCUAUGGGUGGUGUAAGACUAGUCACUCCUGUGACUGUUUCUGCUGUUAAACCAACCGUAACUACUCUUGUGGUGAAAGGGACCACAGGAGUGACCACUCUUGGCACAGUCACUGGUACAGUUUCCACAAGUCUCGCAGGAGGUGGGGUACACAACACGGCUUCGCUGGCAACUCCAAUUAAUACCUUGGGUACCAUAGCCACCCUUUCUAGUCAAGUGCUCAAUCCUGGUGCCAUUACCAUGUCUGCCGCGCAAACCUCCCUUACUGCUGCUUCAGGACUGAGCACUCCCACAAUUACUAUGCAGCCAAUAUCACAGCCUACACAAGUGACAUUAAUCACAACUCCCAGUGGUGUGGAGGCUCAGCCAGUCCAUGACCUUCCUGUCUCCAUUUUGGCUUCGCCAACUUCAGAUCAACCCACAGCAACCGUUACUAUAGCUGAUCCUAGCCAAGGAGAUCAGCCUCCGGGCACAGUAACCCUUGUAUGUUCCAAUCCUCCUUGUGAGACUCAUGAGACCGGAACCACAAAUACCCCCCACCACCACCCUUGUGAACCUUGUUCAGCAGCCUGGAGGAACGCUUCAGUUUGUGUGUGAAGGACAGGAACCUGGAACCUUUGUAGCCACAGCCUUGGGACAGGCAAAUGGCAAUGUGGUGAGAGUUUGCUCGAAUCCUCCAUGCGAGACUCAUGAGACUGGAACUACGCAAACUGCAACAACUGCAAUGGCAAAUAUUGGUCAGCAUGGUUCCAUAACAAGAGUUUGCUCAAACCCACCCUGUGAGACCCAUGAAACUGGAACCACACAAACAUCAACCACAGCAAUGGCAACUAUCAGCAGUGAGCAGCUUGGCACAAUAGUGAGAAUUUGCUCAAAUCCUCCCUGUGAGACCCACGAUACUGGGACUACACAGACGCCAACUACUGCUAUGGCAAAUAUUGGUAGUGAGCAGGCAGGAAACCUUAGAGUGUGUUCUAAUCCACCAUGUGAGACGCACGAUACCGGCACAACUCCAACUUGCACCACAGCCAGAGCAAACCUUGCCAAUGAGCAACACGAGAACUUGCAGAGGCCACCAAAUACACUUUGUGAAACAUUACAAACUAUAGCCACACGUACAGUUAUGUCUGUGCCUGCUAGCAUUACCAGCGGGCAGUCUGCAAAGGUACAACCGCUUUGCAGCAAUCCACCAUGUGAAAUGCACGAAACUUCCACAACCAAUACGCCAACUGUGGCGACAUCGAAUCUGGGAACAGAACAGCAAGGCAAUACUGUGCAGGUGUGCUCUAAUCCUCCGUCUGAAACUCAUGAAACUGGCACUACCCACACGCCAACCACAGCAAGACCAAGCAAUGCACCAUGUGAGACCCAUCAGACCAUUUCUACAAAAACUACCAUGUCUAUAAAUACAGAGUACAGCUCUGAUUCAACAAGCCUUUUAGAGGUAGAAAAUGCUUCUGGAACUAGCAAGGAAAUCAAACCCUCCAUCCCUGUACAAACACAGCCGGUGUGCUCUAAAUCUCCCUGUGAAACGUUAAUCACUGGCACUACUCAAACGCAACUACGGCCAAGUCCAAUAUCAAUUCUGGUACAUCGGAGAACGGACAGAGAUCUACAGGUGACUCUUGUGAGACCCAUCAAGCAAGUUCCACUCAUACUACCAUGACUGUGUCAGAAGUCAAUCAGGUUGUAAAUCCAUCAUGUUCUAACCCACCAUGUGAGACUCAUGAAACUGGUACAACCAACACUGCAACCACAACAAGUUCAAAUAUCGGAGAACAGCAGGGUGACAGUUCCCAGCAGCCCUCCAGUGAAGCUUCCCAGACAUCUACAACACCCAACACUUUAGAACAGCGUGUGUGUUCCAACCCACCCUGUGAAACUCACGAGACCAAUACUACCAAUACAGCAACCACAUCUACAUCUAACAUUGGAGGUAAUCAACCUCCUGCUGUUCAGGCACAACAAGUCUGUUCAAACCCACCAUGUGAAACUCAUGAAACGGGAACUACCCACACAGCAACCACUGUCACAGCCAGCAUGGGGGAUAAUCAAGAACCACCAGCCGCAAAUGGUCAAGGAGAGCAGGAAACUGUCCCCACAGAGGAUGCUGCCUCAGGCAACAAUGCCGAUUCUGCCGCUGCUGCAUCUCCAGUGACUAUUGUAGCUGUGGCAGCUUCAUCUUCAUCUCCGGUACAUACGGUGCAGCCUAUCGCUUCUAGGGCCGUAACUACUGUGACUCAGUCCACUCAGCUGCCUGGACCUUCUGUUCCUAAUAUUUCAUCUAUGACUGAACCAGCCCCCGAGGAUGCAGAACAGAGUUCAGGGGCUGUCCCCUGCAGUGGACAAGCUGAAGCUCACCUGUCCUCGGUUAUGCUUCAGCCUCCUGAAGAUGCUCAGGCUGAGCCUGAAGCACAAGCUAUGGACUCUGCAGUGCCGGAGCAUACUGAAGCACAGCUACAAGCCGUAAUGGAAACGGACCAGGUUCAAGAGGCAGCCGCUGCUGCUGAGCAGCAAGGAGUGGAACAGCUUUCCCUUCCGCAAGAACUUAUGGCAGAGGGUCAGACAACCACCCUAAUGGUCACAGGGUUAACGCCUGAAGAAUUGGCAGUAACUGCUGCAGCUGAGGCCGCUGCACAAGCUGCUGCCACAGAAGAAGCCCAGGCAUUGGCUAUACAAGCAGUUUUACAAGCUGCACAACAGGCAGUAAUGGCAGCUGGAGAGCCAAUGGAUACCUCUGAUAUGGCUCAUGCUGAGCUUCGUCACCUGACAUCUGAAGGCCCCACCACAACAAUCCCAAUAGUUCUCACCCAGCAGGAACUGGCAGCUCUGGUUCAACAACAGCAGCAACUGCAAGAAGCACAGCAUCAGCAACAGUUACAGCAGCAGCUUCAGCAGCAGCAACUUCAGCAACAGCAGCAGCAACUUCAGCAACAGCAGUUACAGCAACUUCAACAACUGCAGCAGCUCCACCAUGUGCCUACAGAAGCCCUUGCACCAGCUGACAGCCUCAACGAUCCUGCCAGUGAAAGUAAUGGACUCAAUGAGUUAACAAAUGCAGUGACUAGUUCAGUGGCCCUUUUACCGGCUACAGCCACAGAUAGUUUGGCUCCUAUGAAUACCUUCACAACACCUCAACCAGUGGUAAUCGCCAGUCCAGCUAAAUUACAGGCUGCAGCAGCCCUUACUGAAGUAGCAAACGGCAUCGAAUCGAAACAGGACUUGCCCCCUCAGCAGCCGAAGACUCCGCUGAAGAAAGAGAAUCAAUGGUUUGAUGUCGGUGUAAUAAAGGCUACAAACAUGAUGGUGACACAUUACUACUUGCCUGCAGACGACUCUACCAAUGAUGAUGACUCUGGUGUCCUACCAGAUUACAGCCAAUUAAAGAAGCACGAACUACAGCCAGGCACUGCCUAUAAAUUCCGUGUAGCAGGAAUAAAUGCUUGUGGUCGUGGACCCUUCAGUGAAAUCUCUGCCUUCAAGACCUGUCUACCUGGUUUCCCAGGUGCUCCAUGUGCCAUAAAGAUCAGCAAGAGUCCUGAUGGUGCUCACCUCACAUGGGAACCUCCCUCUGUCACUUCUGGGAAGAUUAUAGAAUAUUCUGUCUACUUGGCUAUCCAAAGCAGUACGAGUGGUGAACAAAAAACCACAACACCUGCUCAGCUGGCUUUCAUGCGGGUAUACUGUGGCCCAAAUCCUUCCUGUCUGGUACAGUCCUCUAGCCUGUCCAAUGCUCACAUAGACUACACCACAAAACCUGCAAUCAUCUUCCGGAUUGCUGCACGUAAUGAGAAGGGCUAUGGACCCGCAACACAAGUCAGGUGGUUGCAAGAAUCCAGCAAAGAUGGUACAGCUGGCAAGCCUGGAAGUAAACGCCCAGUAUCCUCACCAGACAUGAAAACUGCUCCAAAGAAGGCAAAGCCUGACCACCCCUGA